AUGCCACAUUCUGAGGCGACAUCGCCGUUGGCGUCUGGCAAAGUGAAACCAGACUCGACCGAGAGCGCCUCACCAAGCUCUUAUCUUGGCUUGAACUACGCCGUAUCGCCGAGGUCGACACCCAAAUCCGUCUCGAUAUCGAGGCACACUGAAACGAUAUCGCCUCUGAUCCUUGGACAGCAGAAGGAAGUCGAUGAUUUCAGUAUCGCCCGGAAGCAUUUUGCCCGGAGUCCAAGACAGAGGCGCCUAUCGGGUCGUCCUUCGAACGCCUCUAGUCCAAGUCUGAAGCCCCUGACGCCCGCUUUCGAUGGCAGCGGCAUGAGCGAUGAUAAGGAUGCCGAGUACCACGAGGAUGUCCAUUCAGUCGACGCGCUGGUAGACCAAGUAUCGUCAUGGAUCAAGGAGAAGCGUGAGAAGCGUCACAAGCGAAAGGCUGCCAAAAAGGCACCUCAAACCGAGCACGACACUCCGCAGGGUCCCGUCAGCGAGCCAAAACAACGACGGGGCUCAGACGCAUCUGAUGAAUCCGUCGAUCUGGACAGGCUUGAGCGCAUUAUCAAGCACAACCUGCACUUUAGACGGUCAUCCGCCAGACGACUGUCGUCAACGCUCAAGACGAAGCCUUCCGUGCGCAGACUGCUUCGAAAGCAGUCCAGCGCUUCUGAUUCUGAUCAACAUGACAUUGAAUGUCACGUGCCUUCGUGUGAUGCGUUUCUUGAUAAUUCCAAGACGUUGGCCUACACGGGAGGUGCUUCAGACGUGUCUGAUGAAUCUGAAGGUGAAGAUUUGAAGCAGAUCGCUUCGCUACGAGACCAUGAUGCUUGGGCUAAGUUCAAGUUUGAGAUCGUUCGUCUCGCCCACACGCUUCGUCUGAAGGGCUGGAAAAAGGUGCCCUUGGAAAUGAGCAGCGCCAUCGAGGUUCAACGUCUCAGUGGAGCACUGACCAAUGCAGUGUAUGUUGUCUCGCCGCCGACAGACUUGCCCUUGCACAAGGAAGACGAAUCCGGCAAUGUCGUGUCUUCUUCCAAACCGCCGCCAAAGCUACUGCUCCGCGUGUACGGCCCAAAUGUAGAGCAUUUGAUCGAUCGUGAGUCCGAAUUGGCUAUCCUGCGGAGACUGGCUCGUAAGCGCAUCGGGCCACGUCUGCUUGGAACCUUUGCGAACGGCAGGUUUGAAGAGUACUUGCAUGCCAAACCCCUCGUGCCAGAAGACCUCAGGGAUCCAGGUACCAGCCGACAGAUUGCUAAACGUAUGCGAGAGUUGCAUGAGGGCAUUGAACUGCUGGAUCAGGAGCGUAGUGAUGGUGCUUUCGUGUGGCGCAAUUGGGAUAAAUGGCUCAGCCGAGUCGAGCAGAUUGUCACUUGGAUGGAUGCCCAGGUUAAGGACUUGGAACCAGGAGCUAAGCCAACGGGACCGCGGGCUUGGAUGCGGCGUGGACAUAUUUGUGGAGUGCCUUGGCAGCAGUUCAAGGAGGUGGUCGACAAGUACCGCUCUUGGCUGCUAUCGCAAUAUGGUGGAUCUAAGGGACUCCAGGAGCAGCUCGUCUUUGCGCACAACGAUACACAAUACGGCAACAUACUUCGAAUGGUGCCUACAGGAGAUUCGCCGCUGCUUCUGCCCGCAAACAGCCACAAGCAGCUGAUCGUCAUCGAUUUUGAAUACUCAAACGCGAACACGCCGGGGCUGGAGUUUGCAAACCACUUUACUGAGUGGUGUUACAACUACCAUGACGAGCGCAGGCCGCAUGCUUUCCAUCAGAAUCGGUAUCCGACACCAGAGGAGCAGGAUCGCUUCAUUCGAGCGUACGUUCGACAUCGCCCACAGUUCAAUGUGGAGACUCCAAAGAUGGGCCCCACUACGCCGACAAUGGGUCCAGGAACGCCAGGCGAGGGAGUGAAGAGGUCGACCACGAGCAUUUCCGAUUUCAUUCUCGACGCCAGAAACCCACAAGUGCCGCCAUCGCCAGCACUCAAGGAGGAUGCAAGCGUGAAGGCCGCAGAGGACGCUGAAGUGGAGCGUCUCAGGAACGAGGCCCGGAUGUGGAGGCUAGCAAACACCGCACAAUGGGUCGUGUGGGGUCUCGUUCAGGCCAAGGUUCCAGGCAUGCCAAUGCUCGAUCCAAACACACCGCCCGGAAAGCAGACCGAUGGGGCCGAGCCAGAAGACCUGCUUGGUGAGCGUGCCGAGCAGUACAGAGCCCUUGCCAAGGAGCAAGAGGUCGAGAGCGAGGAGCAGGAGGAGUUCGAUUACUUGGGGUAUGCCCAGCAUCGAGCCUUGUUCUUCUGGGGAGAUGCCAUCCAGAUGGGAUUCAUCAAAGCUGAGGACCUGCCAGAGGAGACGAGAGGCAAGGUCAAGACUGUGCCGCAUUGA